CCCCAGGUGCUGCGGCUGCUGAACCUGUCGCUGGCCCCGCGGCCGCCCCCCCGCGCCCCCCCGGCCCCCCCCGGUUUCCCGGCGCUGCGGGAGCUGAGCCUGGCGGGGGCCGGGGGGGGGGUGGGGGCCGCGCUGCUGCGGCGGCUGCUGGGGGGGUCCCCCCGCCUGCGGCACCUCGACCUGCGCGACUGCGCCCGCCUGCCCCCCCCCGCGCUGCCCCCCCUGCCCUGCCCCGAGCUGGAGCAGCUGUACCUGGGGCUCCGGCGCGGGGGCGAGCAGGUGCCGGGGGGGCCGGCGGGGGCCGCGGCCGUGGCCUGGAAGUGGCGCCGCAGCCUGCGGGAGCUGGACUUGGCCGGUCGCGCCUUCGGCCAGCAGGACCUGGCCCGCGCCCUGGCCGCCUUCGGCCCCCGCUCCCCCCUGCGCUCCCUCGACCUGGCCGCCACCAAGGUCACCCCCGGCGCGCUCAGCGGCCUCCUGGCCUGCCCGGACCUGACCUACCUCAACCUCUCCUCCUGCCGCCACCUGCCCCGCGGCACCAAGAGGCCCCACCGGGGUCGCCAGGAGGUGCAGCGCUGCCUGCGGCUCUUGGCCGACCUGCCCCACGGCGCGCCCCCCGAGGGACGGGGCGAGGAGGGGCGCAAGGAGGAGUCGCUCGGUGAGGAGGAGCCCGACGAGGAGCUCGAGGAGGAGCCCCCCCAAUGGGGAACCCCCCAAUGAGCCCCCCAACGAGGAGCCCCCCAACAAGGAGCCACUCAAUGAGGAGGCCAAUGAGGACCCCCCCCAAUGAGCCACUCAACGAGGAGCCCCCCCCCAACAAGGAGCUCCCCAACGGGGAACCCCCCCAGUGAGGAGCCCCCCAACGAGGAGCUCGAGGAGGAGCCUCCCCCAAUGGGGAACCCCCCAACGAGCCCCCCAACAAGGAGCCCCCCAAUGAGCCGCUCAGUGAGGAGCCCCCCCAACGAGGAGCCCCACAACGAGGUGCUCAAUGAGGAGCCCCCCCAAUGAGGAGCCCCCCAAUGAGCCCCCCAACAAGGAGCCACUCAAUGAGGAGGCCAAUGAGGACCCCCCCAUGAACCACUCAAUGAGGAGCCCCCCAACAAGG